AUUUUUUUUUGAUAAGUCGUGUGAUUGUGGAAAAUUGCCGGAAUUGUUCGAAGUAUGAUUUUAAAGUAUAAAUUUAAUUAAUUACUGCACCAAAUAACGUUAUUUAAAUAGUAAAUUGAGUCACAAUGUAAAUGAAUUGAAGUACUGUUCAAGUAAAUUGAUCGUAUACUCAAGCUCAAAGAAUACAAUCAACGAUGAUAAAUGUAAAGUACGAUGUUGAUAACGAAAUGAUUGAUAAUGCAAUCGAACUAUAUUUAGAAAAGAAGCGAAUAACAGAAGAAGACGUAUUGAAAAAUGGAGCGAGUAAUUUAACCCAAACACCGAUAAAAAUGCUGGAAAAUCUGAUUUUGGAUUACCACACGUCUCAAAAUAAUACAUAUAUUUACAGCUGUACGACUCAAAGCAUCACACAAAUGGAUACCGAAUUCAUGAAGUUGAAAACUUGGAUAUGUGAUAUGGAAAAUACGAAAUGCAAGCAAGAGUUAUCGCAGCUUUUAUUCCCUGUAUUUUGUCAUUUGUACUUGGAUACAUUGUGUGAAAGUAACGGUCAACAUUGCCAAGCUGCCAUGAUAUUUUUCAAGCGACACCAAGGUUUAUUUACCCGCGAAUCUUUGAGAGAUAUAAUAAAAGAUAUUGGAAAUAUCUUCAAAAAAGAUGAAAUCGAAAAUAAACCGCUGAUUAAAGCUUUUCGAUCUGCAAAAUGUGAACUCAGGCUGUCAUCUACUUCCGCUACUCUACUCAGGAAUUUUAUUUCGAAAUGUGACGAGCCUAUGAUAUUAUUAAAUGUACUUAAUUCUUGGUUCGUAAUCGAAGACCAAGAUAAUAACAUUCGCGAAGACGAUGAUCCGUCGGUUUGUCCAGAAUCCGAAAUGAUUAUGGGCCAACGUGUUGAAAACGGAUCACCGGAGCUGAUGCACGAUGAAAGUGAUACAGUAGGCAAUGAAGGCAGUAGUGAUUCUGACAGAGAGAACGAUUCGACAUCCGAUCACAAUUUGGACUCGUUGAUGAAAACUUUCAAAAAUAUACGAAACUCAAUACCUCAACCGAUGCCUUUACUUUUGCUACAAAUGCAUAAUGCUCAAAACAUAACUUGUAGUUCAGUGUGUUACCGCUCGAAAUUAUUAACAUGUGGAACUUUGGAUUCGGAUAUCAAGACUUUUUCGUUUUCCGAAGAAAACCAAAAUCUACCUCAAGCUAGAUCUCUUCCGGUUAAAUUAAGAAUACCAAAUUAUGAUAGUAGUUUAAGCGAGGAUACAAGUACGAAACAUUUUUCUGUCAUGAGAGGUCACUGUGGAUCAGUUAGCUCGGUGAAAAUGAUCGAGAAUCCGGAUAUUAUUCUAUCUACUUCUGAAGAUAGCACGAUGAGAGCUUGGAGACGUUCUGAUUUCUCAUGUGUUGCGGUCUACAAGGGCCACGAUAGUCCAGUUUGGGGUCUAGACGUGAGUGCUUUGAAUCUAUACGUAGCAACUGCAUCACGCGACAGAACUGCUCGGCUAUGGACGUUAGAUAAAACAUAUCCAUUGAGAUUAUACAUCGGUCAUUACGAUAGUGUUACAUGUGUCAAGUUCCAUCCGAACGGUAUUUACCUGGCCACAGGUUCGAUUGAUAAAACAGUAAGGCUGUUUUCCGUUAUCGACGGUAAAACUGCUCGUGUAUUUACCGGACAUACUGGUCCAGUUUAUUGUCUUUCCUUCAGUCCUGACGGAGAAUAUUUAGCGUCAGCUGGUGAUUAUAAAGAAGUGAUAGUAUGGAAUUUAGCCCUGGGGCAACAAUACAUCUCAGUCGAUACGAGUUCUCAGUUCGUUUGUGAUUUAUCAUGGAAUUUGGAUUCGUCUGUCUUAGCAAUAACAUUCUUGAAGCGAUACAUCUCUCUUUUAUACGUGCAAAAGAAAAAGAAAGAGAACGAACAUAACAUCAUUGGUAAAUACGAUCUUCCAGAUAAUAAGUUCACCUCGUGCCAGUUCUUGGAGAAAAAUAAUUUAGUAGCGGUUUCUAUCGUAUGACUAUUUCGAAAAUGUUUAGCUAAUUUUUCACCGCUGCAUUUUAUGUCUUUCUCUAAGGUUGUACAACGAUUCCCCUUCCGCUCUUUCUCUCUAUUCGUGUUAAAUUUCCAUACAGUAUUGUAGAUUAAAUUUUUUAUUUUCGUGUACAUUCGUUCUAGUCGUUUCUCGUUGCAUGUAUGUUUUUUUUUUUACUUUUAUAGAUUUUUUUAAUAAAUUAUUUUUCUUAUAA